CCGUCCUACAGUUCUUCCUGUUGCUUUAGUGCAUCUUUGUUCAUUUUCUCCUCCUAAAGAGUUAGAAGAAAGUGAUGUUUCGGCAAAGGCAAUACUGUUUAGCACUUUUGUUCAUUUUAGUGUUUUCUUUUGUCUCCUGCUGUUUGAGUAGUUUUCAGGACGACCCUUCUGUUAGAAAUGGCUCUCAAUUUCAAGUCGAUAGUUAUGGUGAUCGAGUUUUCAGAAGGUUUACUGUUCAUGCUGCUUCACCAAAGAAAACUGUGAAUGUUGAUGAUUUUGGAGCUAAAGCUGACGGAACAGAUGAUUCUGAGGCCUUUUUGAAAGCUUGGAAUCAGACUUGUUCUUCUAAAAGAAAACCUGUUUUAGUUAUCCCCGGGAACAAAACUUAUCAUCUUAAGCCAGUUACAUUUUCAGGCCCUUGCAAAUCCCGUCUUAAAAUGAAGAUCUAUGGAACGAUAAAAGCAACUGUUCAUCAAUCAGACUAUAAAGAAGAUCCAAGACGCUGGAUUAAAUUCGUGAAUGUCACCAACUUCAAAGUGGAAGGUGGUGGCACAAUCAACGGCAAUGGCAAAAUAUGGUGGAGAAACUCCUGCAAAGUCAACGAAACUCUUCCUUGCAAGGAUGCACCAACGGCAGUAACUUUCUGUAAAUGCAAGAGACUAAGUGUGCGCCGCUUGAGGUUCAAAAAUUCUCAACAAAUGCAUCUCUCAUUUGAGCAAUGUGUCAAUGUCAAAGCUUUGAAUCUCAACGUGAUUGCGCCCGGGAAGAGUCCCAAUACCGAUGGCAUUCACGUCACUCAUACAAAAAAUAUUCGGAUUAAAAACUGCGUCAUUAGAACUGGUGACGAUUGUAUUUCCAUAGUAAGCGGGUCCAAAAAUGUUCGAGCGACAGGAAUAAUUUGUGGUCCGGGUCAUGGAAUUAGCAUUGGAAGUUUAGGAGCUGGAAAUUCAAAAGCUACAGUUUCAGAUGUGGUCAUCAAUGGAGCAAAACUUACAGGAACCACUAAUGGAGUUAGAAUUAAGACUUGGCAGGGAGGAUCUGGAUAUGCCAAGAACAUAAUUUUUAAAAAUAUUGCAAUGAGCAAUGUGAGCAACCCAAUAAUAAUUAAUCAAAACUACUGUGAUCGUAAAUAUACCUGCAAAGAACAGGACGAACAGGCAUCAGCUGUGCAAAUAAGCAAUGUUUUGUACAAGAAUAUCAAAGGGACGAGUGCUUCAGAGGUGGCCAUAAAUUUUAAUUGCAGCGAGAGCAGGGCAUGCCAAAGGAUUUCAUUGAAAAAUGUUGCUCUGGAAAGUCAUGAAAAGAACGAAACUGUCAAAGCUUCGUGUUUAAAUGUUAAAUUAAAGAAGGGAGAGCGUUUUUGGCCACACUGUUGA